AGCUCCUAUAUCUCUGUUGUUCUACACAUAUACAUUCAUGGUGCUAAUCAACUCAUACGUACGUAAUCUCCGACUAAUAUUGAGUUCUUAGAUGUAACUGAAUCCAUAAACAACUAGCUGAGAGAUUGAGUAGCUUUCGAUUGAUCACCAUGGAUAGAAGCUGGCUCCAUGGCUAUGCCAACAACACCACCGGCAACAGCGGCUUCAUGUGCGGCUACGCUGCCAGCUUUAACCCGGCAGAGUUGCAGCACAGGGAGGAGGAGGAGCAGCAAUUGCUCAUCACCUCACAGAUUCAGCAUCACUUGAACCAGAUCAGCAUGCACAUGAACAUGGACGACGAGGCAGCGUACGUGCCUUCCAACAACGACGGCGCCAUCGACAUGCAGCACCUCCUCGAUUUGCACCACGCCGCCGGCAGCUUCCCGUCCUCGUCGUCCUCCUCUUCGCUCUCGCUACGUUCUGCCUCCCUCUCCUGCAGCCCCGAGAGCUCAGCGCACAUCCUCGCCCCGCCAGCGGCCACCUGCAGCCAAUACCCGGAGGUCUCCUCCCACGUACCAUUAGCACCCGUAGCGCCCUACGACGAUCACUACUACCAUGGUCAGUACGCCAACAACCUUCACGUGAUUGCGCCGGCGGCUGACCAUGAAGCCGCAGCAAUGGCGCCGGAGUUAGCGGCAAACACCGGUGCGUUCAAGCGCUACGCACGGCACCUCGGCCCAAGGAAGACGACGAAGCCGGGCGCGUGCGGCCAGAGGAUGUUCAAGACGGCCAUGUCGGUGCUGGCCAAGAUGCACAUGGCGGCGAGGUAUAACCAGCAGUACUACUACCAGGCGUCGGCCGAGGCCUCCGCGCCACCGCCGUCAGUGAACCAAUUGCAGCACAUGAUCUCCGAGCGCAAGCGGCGGGAGAAGUUCAACGACAGCUUCCACGCCCUCAAGACCGUCCUUCCACCUGGCGCCAAAAAGGACAAGACGUCGAUACUGAUCAGGGCAAGGGAGUACGUGAGAUCUCUCGAGUCCAAGGUAUCCGAACUCGAGGAGAAGAACAAGUCGCUGGAGUCGCGGCUGACCCAGCGCGACAGCGGCGACGGCCGCAAAGACGCCGGCGGCGACGACAACUCCGGCGAGAAGGUGCAGAUCGAGAUAACCAGAGCGGCGAAAGAGGAGUGGGCGAUCGAACCGCGUGAUCUCUGCACGCUCAAGAUAGCGGUGAGGUCGCGGUGCAAUAUGACGGACGUGGUGCUUCGGACGCUGCAGUGCCUGAAAGAUCAGAUGGGGGAUGACGUCAGCCUGGUGGCAAUGAGUACAAGCGGCAGCACUGGACCUCCUCCUCGAGCUGUCCUGACGUUGCAAAUCAAGUCGCCGAGCGCUGAGUGGGACGAGCAGCCGAUCAAGAACGCCGUGGCGAAGGUCGUCGCCGAUGCGCUGGCGCUGCCAUCUGCGGAGACCGCGGCGGCGCCAGUCUGACCAGUAACCAAAAAGACGGGCCCUGCUGCUGCUUCGACGAGGCUUCUGAACUCAGCUGCUGUAGCUACUCGGCUGUGAGCAUGCACGCCCCAAGAGACCGCCGCUAAUUGAGAAGACCCGUCCGUGACACCAACACAUUCGAUGGAUCCAUCGUGUGGUCAAAACCAAUCAGGUGUGGCAGCAGAUCAGAGGAGAGUUUACGUCAAGAUUGGUGCGAAGCAGAUCAGAUCGAUACGACAAUUCUACUCCGGCACACGAUGUUGAUCGAUGAUCUGGACACGUGAUUAGCACGGGCCACGCGAUCGCAUGGAAAAGUACACAGUAGCCGGUAGGAGUAUUAACAUGUGAACGUCAACCUAGGGGCUUUCAUUUGGACUUUUGAUUAGGGGGGAGUGUGACUCUAUAAUUUCACCAGAUAUGUAACUUAUUUACCAAGUAGUAAUGAUCAGUCUCCCUCUUUUCCCCUCCAAGGAAUGUCCAUACAAGGUCUUGUUAUUCGCAUUGCAAAUAAAUUUUGGUGUACGAAACCCUUGCUA